GGGUCUCUGGCUCCAAGUCAGUCUGUCCAGGAGGACUGAGGACCGUCCUACGGACCAGACCAGCUCUGGUUUCACCCUUGGCUACCCCGCUGCGUUUACAAGUGUUUUAUCGCUGUUUUUUCCACGGCCGGACAGUCCGAAUAUCAGCCUGCUGGAGACAACCUUGUUGGGCUGUUAGGAGACAGUGGACCGCUGUCAGCUUUAUUCAUGGUCUCAAGCCGAAGUUCAGGAGAAAGUUUCUGUCAGGAGGCUGCCGCAAGGCUGAAGCUCUAAUAUAAGGGACUAUGAAUCUGUGUUUGGACAGUAUGGACAUCCUAAAGAUAAUGCUGCUGAUCUUUGAAGCUGUGUUGCUGACUGACUGUGCAAGAGGACCUCCUCGGGUGUCUGGCAGGGUCACUCAUAGACAGACGGCUCGUUUGGGAAGUGCCAUCAAGCUACCCUGUCCGGUGGAGGCAGACCCACCUCCCCUCAUCCGUUGGACCAAAGACGGACGCACUAUUCACAACGGCUGGAUCCGCUUCCGUGUGCUCAGGAUGGGCCUGAAGAUCAAGGAGGUGGAGGCCGAUGAUGCUGGGACCUUCAACUGCCAGGCGACUAACGGCUUUGGGAGCGUUAACAUCAACUACACCCUGAUCAUCAUCAAUGACUCUCAUCCUGAGAGCACAGGACCAGCUAGUGAAGCAGAACCUGAACCAGGCGGUGAAAAACUGGCUCGUCCUCGAUUCACUCAGCCUGAAAAGAUGAGGAGGAGGGUGAUAGCAUGUCCCGUAGGCAGCACUGUGCGCCUCAAGUGUGCAGCCAGCGGAAACCCUCGACCAGACAUUGUGUGGCUGAAGGACGACCGGCUUCUGACGGAGCAGGAGGUCGGCGAGGGGCGCCAGAGGAAGUGGACUCUGAGUCUGAAAAACGUGGUGCCAGAGCACAGCGGCAGAUACACCUGUAGGGUGUCCAAUCGAGCGGGAGAAAUCGACGCCACCUACAAGGUGGAAGUCAUCCAAAGGACCAGCUCCAAACCGGUUCUGACCGGGACGCACCCCGUCAACACCACGGUAGACUAUGGAGGCACCACGUCGCUGCAGUGCAAAGUGCGAAGCGAUGUGAAGCCCGUCAUCCAGUGGUUGAAGCGCAUAGAGCCUGACGAGGAGAGCCGCUACAACACCACCAUCGAGGUUGGCGACGACAGGUUCGUGGUACUGCCCACAGGGGAGGUGUGGUCCCGGCCCGACGGCUCCUACCUCAACAAGCUGCUCAUUACCCGCGCCAAGGAGGACGACGCUGGAAUGUACAUCUGCUUGGGCGCCAACACCAUGGGCUACAGCUUCCGCAGCGCAUUUGUGACUGUGCUUCCAGACACAAAGCCCCCCGUCUCUUUGCUCCCGGCCAAUUCCAGCUCCCUCCCCUGGCCCGUCAUCAUCGGCAUCCCUGCUGGAAUAGUCUUCAUCUUUGCCACCGUCCUGCUGUGGUUUUGCCAGAGCAGAAAAAACUGCCCCCCUCCCAGUGCUCCCGCCCCGCAGCCGCUGCAGAGCUCCCACCGAUCCCCGUAUAGAGAGCGGGACCGGGGCUGCCCCGCUCCGUCCUCCAGCUCCUCCAGCCCAGAUAAAGACUGCAUGAGCUCCAUGAACUAUGAGGAGUACCUGGCCCAGAAGCAGCUCCUCCUCAGCCAGGCCGGACCCAGCAUCCCGCCCAAAAUCUACCCUAAAAUCUACACGGACAUCCACACACACACCCACUCUCAUGUGGACGGGAAGGUGCACCAGCACCAACACAUUCAUUUUCAGUGUUAGCCUCAGCUGUUAUGAACUGAGCAGGUACGGACUGAAGUUUCCCAGACCUCCUUCCUCUAGAUCAGUUGCUUAGAAAACUGUGUGCAGCUGAUGGUGGCCAGUUUGUUAUCAGAUCAAAAACUCACAUUUCGGUGCUCUUUUCUACCUGUUAGAAGCUCACGCUUAUAUAACAACCCUUUUUGUGCACUUGAUAC